UUGUGCAGUCUUACUGUGCCCACGCAUGCAGAGAUCUACUCCUUAUUCUUUGGAUGUAAAGAGGGACAUGGCUAAUAACAGGGUGCACGCUUCGUUACCUGACCCUCCCAGUCAAAGUGAAGAGGAGAACCAAGAAGAGGAGAAAGCUUUCGGACGUAUUUGUGCAGAGCUAGAGUCGGUGGACCUGCCCCUGGGAACCACCUUAAGGUCCAUUUAUGAUGACCAACCCAAUGCCCACAAGCGUUUCAUGGAAAAGCUGGAUGCCCGGAUAAGGAAUCAUGAUCGUGAGAUCGAGAAGAUGUGCAAUUUCCACCACCAAGGCUUUGUGGAUGCCAUCACAGAGCUCCUGAAAGUCCGAGCUGAUGCAGAGAAACUGAUGGGUCAGGUCACAGACACUAAUCGCAGGCUACAAGAUGCUGGGAGGGAGGUGACCACUCAGACAGAAGAGGUGAUUCGCUGUCGGAUCCAGCAGAGGAACAUGACCACCACAGUAGAGAAGCUCCAGCUCUGCAUACCAGUGCUAGAAAUGUACAGUAAACUGAAGGAGCAACUGGAAUCUAAAAGAUAUUAUGCUGCGCUGAAAACCAUGGAGCAGCUGGAGAAGGUCUAUAUUCCCAGGGUCAGUCAGUACAGGUUUUGCCAGAUCAUGGCCGAAAAUCUACCUAGACUGAGAGAAGAGAUCAAGGAGAUCUCCAUGUCAGACCUCAAAGACUUUUUGGAGAGCAUCAGAAAACACUCCGACAAGGUUGGAGAGACUGCCAUGAGACAGGCACAGCAGCACAGGACCUUUCACAGUGCUGUCGCUAAGCAAGCCAGUAUGGGACACUACACAAAGCCUGUGUAUUCCCUCAAUGGACGAACACACACUCACAAUGGCUUGAUGAUGGACGAUGACAUGGGGGAGGAGGAGGAAGCCGAUGAAGAGAUUCUAACCGCUCAUGAUCUGGUGGACUUCUCACCUGUCUACAGAUGUUUACACAUUUACACUGUUUUGGGUGAUCGUGAAACAUUUGAGAACUACUACAGGAAACAAAGGAAAAAACAGGCCAGGCUAGUACUGCAGCCACAGGCUAACAUGCAUGAAACGGUGGAAGGAUACAGGAGAUACUUCAAUCAGAUUGUAGGGUUCUUCGUUGUAGAGGACCACAUCCUUCAUGCCACGAGGGGGCUGGUGACCAGAGCUUUCACUGACGAACUGUGGAACAUGGCCCUUUCCAAGAUCAUCGCCGUGCUCCGGACGCAUUCCUCCUACUGCAAUGAUCCAGACCUGGUGCUGGAGCUGAAGAAUCUCAUAGUCAUCUUCGCUGACACACUACAAGAUUAUGGUUUCCUGGUAAAUCGACUGUUCGACCUGCUUUUUGAGGUCAGAGACCAGUACAAUGAAACCCUAUUGAAGAAGUGGGCUCUGGUGUUCAGGGAGAUCUUUGAGUUGGAUAAUUACAGUCCCAUCCCAGUAGAGACGGAGGAAGAGUAUAAAGUGGUAGUCAGCCGCUUUCCUUUUCAUGAUGCUGAAGUAGAAAAGCAGGACUUCCCUAAGAAGCUGCCGAUGUCCCAGUCUGUCCCUCAGAUCUACACACAGGUCAAAGAAUUCAUUUAUGCCAGCCUCAAGUUUUCAGAGUCACUACACCGCAGUUCAACAGAGAUUGAUGAUAUGUUGCGAAAAUCAACGAACCUCCUUCUUACAAGAACACUCAGCGGCUGCUUGCAAAACCUCAUCAAGAAACCCCACAUUGGUCUGACUGAGCUGGUGCAAAUCAUCAUUAACACGACCCACCUCGAGCAGGCCUGCAGGUAUCUGGAGGAAUUCAUAACAAACAUCACUAACGUCUCCCCUGAAACAGUGCACACCACCAGACUCUAUGGCUUAUCCACAUUCAAGGAUGCUCGACAUGCUGCAGAAGGAGAGAUUUAUACCAAACUCAAUCAGAAGAUUGAUGAGUUUAUCCAACUGGCAGACUAUGAAUGGGGCAUGGCUGAGUCUGAGGGUCGGGCCUCUGGGUACCUCAUGGACCUGAUCAACUUCCUGCGUUCUACUUUCCAGGUCUUCACACACCUCCCGAAUAACAACAAUGACCAUGCGUCGAUGUCGGGUAAAGUGGCCCAGACAGCGUGUAUGUCAGCCUGUAAACAUCUGUCCACAUCACUGAUGCAGAUGCUGCUGGACACGGACCUCAAACAAAUCAGCAUGGGGGCCAUUCAGCAAUUCAACUUGGAUGUCAUUCAGUGUGAAUUAUUUGCCAGCUCAGAGCCGGUACCUGGUUUCCAAGGAGACACACUCCAGUUAGCAUUUAUUGACCUACGACAGCUGCUGGACCUGUUCAUGGUGUGGGACUGGUCAACCUAUUUAGCAGAUUACGGGCAGCCAACGUCCAAAUACCUGCGAGUAAAUCCAGCCACUGCGCUGGCUCUACUGGAGAAAGUCUACCGAGGGAUGAAAGACACCAGUAAGAAGAACAACAUCUUUUCUCAGUUUAGGAAGAACGACAGAGACAAACAGAAGCUGAUAGAGACUGUGGUGAGACAGCUGCGGAGUCUGGUCAACGGCAUGUCCUCCUAAACAGCCACAUACCCACUGUAGUGUACAGAGAGAUAUAUGUGAAUGCAGCAUGUUUUUUACACAUGGAAUGAAGGGGAAAACACACCAUGACAGUGAUACACAGACACACAAAGGGACAUCUAACAUACACACAACUUAGAGGCACAGUGACAAAGUUAGACACAGGGACCUAACUUUGUGCAAGUACUCAUUAUGCCUGACAUAUUACUUUAUGUAAAUAACAAACACGGAAUUUACAGGACUCUUUGUAAAAUGUAAAUUAUUUUAAUGGCUAUGAUAAGACAAACUAUGUUUUUACGUGUGUUAAGAGUGCAGUGAGAUCGCUGCACAGGUACUGGGACAGUGAGGUCAGAGGUCAACGCUUACGCAUGAUGAAACUAAGCUCUUCUGCCCCAAAAGGAAUGAAGUCAGGACCUAAAAGCCUCGAGACAGGUUGAAUAUUAGCAAGCAAAGCAGAAUGUUAAAACAGUGACAGCAGGAGUCCAGAUGUGGAUAUCGUGUUUCACCCUCCAUUACAGUUUCUCUGUCCCAACAGGUAACUCAGUUCUUAGGUUAAGGUGUUGGCUUAAAAUUUAAGGUCUAAAUGAGGCCUCACAUUGAAUCAUAUGUAUCAUUCAGGCCAAAAAUAAACAGUGAUAUAGAAAUAUAAAUAGUUGGACUACACAGAUGUGCCCAGAUGGGAUCAGAUGAAAGACUUUUACCAUUAUUAUGUCCUUUUCUUCCUGCACACUAGUUCAUGCAGACAGUCCUUCCUCUAAAUUUUCCUUUUGGUCCUCAGGGUGACGAAGCUUUAGUUUCCUACAGCCCUCACAACCGUCACAAAGCACAGCAAUAAUGAAUUGGUUCCUCUACAGCUUCCUUGACAGGUGCUGUCCUAAAACCUGCUCCUGUUGAAAACGUUCAACAAGCAUUUUUGCACUGAAACUGAUUAAAGUUGGUUCCUCUUAGAUUAAUUUUUGCCUUUUUAAUAGUUGCUUGUAUAUGCCACUGUACAUAUUGCAUAUUUUGUAAAGAAGAUAUUCCAGCAGUUUGUCUGCUUUAAACCCAACUGGAGGUUCACACUGUGAUAUGCGCCUCCGUUAACAACUAAAUAUUUAAUUAGUACCAUUUUGAAUUUGUUACUUAGUGAACAAAGUUCAGUACAGUGUGAUGAGCUCAGUGACUUAUGUUGGUACCUUCUCUCCACUCAUGUUAUGUUGCUUAACAUGAACCAUUCACAUACCUGCCUACAAGAGAAGUGGAGAGAGGGUAUGAAUUGUUAUCCAAAGGAAUCCUUUCUUUGUCCUCUGUAAGACACCCGACCUGAAAUGUUGGUUUCCUAUAUUUGUUGUUUUUAUUUUGUGUGCUAUAAUAUAAUAAAAAAACUUUAUUCAGA